AUGAGACUAGAAAUAUUUUUUUGUCAUAUUUACCACUAUACUUAUGAUUGUAUAAUAAUUAACUAAAGAAUUAGAAUAAAAAGUGUAUCAAAUUGGCAACUUUUUAAUGUGUGUUCAGGGUAUAGAUAUUUAUUGUAUUUCCCAUUGCAGAUAACUACUUAUGUUGUGAUUGUGUAAAUAUUAAUUCAAAAAGACAGUUAAUUCAUUAUGCAAUAAGAAGAUUUGAUUAUUACAAUAACAAAUCAAGGGUAUUUCUUUAGAAAGAGAAAGUAGUAAUGA